UUAGGAGCCAGCACUUACAUCUUCAUUAGUGGAACAUUAAAAAGGAACUCCCAGGUCCAGUAAUUGAUGCUCGGCCAGCCGAGCUGCAAAAACUUAAGGAAUACUUUUGCCCGGCUGGCCUUGGACACCGCGUUCUCCUGCAUUUUCUGCGUUCCUUCUGGGCAGAAAACAAAGUCUGCAUACUCUUGCACGUAGGAGUCUGUAAAGAUGAUUAAUGAAUGUAGCAUGAACACACUCCACCACACACCAGCUCAAAUAUGAACAAUUUGCAUCGUGUUCUUUCUUACCCAAUGACGUGCCAAGGAGCACGUCCUUUAGCUUUGACCCCCUACUUCGGCCCUUGAAGUAGGGGGCGAUUGCUCUUAGCAGCCUCUUCUGCUUUUUGUUCAGAGGAUUUUUGUUAUUACAAAACUGUAAUAAUGUCUCCCCCUAGGAGCCAAACGCCUGCGGCGCAACAAAGUGCCCCCAAAAGUCUCAAGUGACCCCGUUUGGUCAGGCUGAACGGGGUCACUUAAAUUUUUUGGGGGCAAAGUCUCCCAAAAUGAGUCUCCCCGGGGCCAUUGGGGUCGCUUUUCGCACAAAGUAUACCCAAAAAUCAUUUUUGGUAAUCCCCAAAAUGACCGCUUCCCUCAUCUUCCUCGGAGGAAGAUGAGCAGCCACAGCAGCAGCCCCCCUAGCAGCAGCAGCCCCCAGAGCCCGCAACGCCCCAGCAGCCGGAGCGAACCGGACCUUCGGCGGCAAGAAGAAGGUUGCCUUUCACUCCUAGGCCGCCGCAGCCGUCUUCCUCCUCCUCCUCCUCAUCUUCCUCGGAGGAGGAAGAUAAGCCUGCACCGCCCCGGCAGCAGCAGUCUAGGCCGCGCGGGACUGAAAAGAGGGAGCUGCCGUUGUCACCAGACGCCCCCGCUGAGGUGAGAAGAUAACUAGUGUGAUACAGUGCCGUAAUCAUUUAGCCGAAGGCCAAAGUACUCAAUCAUGUCAAUCAAUUAUUGUUUUUCUCUCUUCAGUCCCCCCGGAAAAAACUGGGGAAAACAAAACACCUUUCCCCAGAAGAGGAAUCGGAGGAGGAUGAUACAAAGCCCAAGCUGGGCAAGGUGGCCCGAAAGGUCCACAGGGCCAUGGCCCCUUACUUCACCGGCAAGAGUAGGGGGUCGAAGAUAAGGAACAUUGUCCUCGUCCCCUCCCUGGAUGCCUACGUCGACGAGUACGGGCAAUAUAUUUUCUGCCCGGAGGGAACCGCCAAAAUGCAGGAGAACGCGGUGUCAAAAAUCAGCCGGGCUAAGGUGUUCCUGAAAUACCUGAUGCUCGGCUGGACGGACACCACGUACUGGAACUUCGAGUUCCUUUUUAAUACGCCCCUCCUCAAGUCCUACCCUGCAGUCCUCAGGAAGGCUGGCCUGGCCCCAACCACCAUCAUUUUGUACGUGGGCCAGGCCAUCUCCUUUAUUGAGUACUUCAGGGCCACACCGCCGAAGCACUCCCGGAUUACCAGUGGGCAGACAGUGGUGGUGAUCCGGGAGAUGCGGAAGCUCCUGAAGGACCUCAAUAGGACUGUGCUCGGGCACCAGGCGAUGGUCAAGCAGGCCAAGGGCAAGAGGCUGGUGCCGCGCGAGGACCUGGCCAGGUGCCAGGCGUUGGCCCGGGCCAAGAUGGCAUCUCUGCUGGGUGAGUCCAUAAUGACCUCUCCCCCUCUUUCAUCAGGACAUAGAGAAGGCGCCCCCGAGACACGAAGCCGAAGCCGUUACAGGUUUCUUCGGGUACCUGGCGGCGUACCGUCCGCCAUCUAUGGCCACAGGGGGCGUGCUGACGCGGAUGCGCGUAGGGGUCCGGGCAGGUAG